UGAGGCGGCGUCCGGGAGGCGUCUUCUGCAAAGGUUGCCUGGCGCUGUCCAACAUGGAGGAGGCACCGGCCGCGGGCGUCACCUGCGAGCGGGACUAAUCCCCUCCUGGUGUUCCGUGCAGCGGUGGCCGUCCCGAGCACGCCUCGCGGCGGACCCCGGCUCCGGUUGCUCCUGUGGCCGCGGGCUUCUCCACCGGGACGCAGCGCAGGGAGGAAGCACGGCGGUUCCGAGUCCCCCUGAGCCAUGGGCAACGAGGCGAGCUUGGAAGGGGAAGGGCUCCCCGAAGGACUGGCGGCAGCGGUGGCGGCCGGAGGAGGGGCCGGUGGGGCGGGGAGCCCCUUGCACACCGUGAUCCCGGCCGGCAUGGAGGCGGAUCUGAGCCAGCUGAGCGAAGAGGAGAGGAGACAGAUCGCUGCUGUCAUGUCAAGGGCGCAGGGGCUGCCCAAGGGAAGCGGUCCCCCGGCUGCUGCGGAGUCGCCUUCCAUGCACAGGAAGCAAGAAUUGGAUAGUAGUCAUCCUCCAAAGCAACCGGGAAAACCACCAGAUCCUGGGCAUCCAGUUCAGCCUGGUCUCAGUAAAAGUAGAACUACAGACACUUUAAGGUCAGAGCAGAAAUUGCCUGGAAGGAGUCCUUCCACUAUUAGCUUGAAAGAAUCAAAGUCCAGAACUGAUUUUAAGGAAGAGCACAAGUCUAGUAUGAUGCCUGGCUUCCUGUCAGAGGUUAACCCUUUAAGUGCUGUCUCCUCUGUUGUAAAUAAAUUCAACCCUUUUGAUUUGAUAUCAGACUCUGAAGCAUCACAGGAAGAAACUACAAAGAAACAAAAAGUAACUCAGAAAGAACAAGGAAAACUAGAAGCAAUCACAAAACCUCCAUCACAACAACAAUCACCUAAGUCAGUUCCUAAGCAGCAAGGACCUGUUAGGGAACCACUUCAGCAAGACGGAGCUUCCAAAUCAAUAACUUCUCAGCAACCAGAAAAAGUCAAAUCACAACCUCCAGGUACAGGAAAGACAAUUCAGGGGCCAACCCAUACUCCCCAGACAGACCAGGAAAAAUUGCCACUUCAACGAGAGGUAACGAGGCCUCAGACUAAACAGUCAGAUGAAGUAAGAGGAGAAUCAAUUAAACCUUCACUGCAAAGCCCAUCCAAACCACCUGUUCAGCAAGCAAGUCCUGGAAAACCUUCAGCCCAGAAGCCUACACCUGAAAAACCACAGCCUGGGCCUGCAAAGCCUCCAGCUCAACAACCAGGGUUAGCGAAGCCCCUAGCUCAACAGCCAGGGCUAGUGAAGCCCCCAGCCCAGCCACCAGGAACAACAAAGCCUCCAGCUCAGCCCCUAGGGCCUGCCAAGCCUCCAGCUCAGCAGGCUGGCUCAGAAAAACCUUCAUCUCAACAGCCUGGGCCAAAGACUCCAGCCCAGCAGCCAGGACCAGCAAAGACCGCAGCCCAGCAGCUGGGGACACCAAAACCCACAGCUCAACAACCUGGCCCGCAAUCUCCAGCUAAGCCACCUGCAUCUACAAAGACUCCAGCUCAGCAGACUGGGCCAGCUAAGUCUCUGUCUCAGCAGCUUGGACCAGGAAAGACUUCAGCUCAACAGCCAGGCCCAGCAAAGCUUUCUAUUCAACAGCCAGGCCCAACAAAAACCCCUUCCCACCAGCCUGGCUCAACAAAGCCCUCAGAUCAGCAAUCUACAAAACCAGUAAGCCAAAGAGGGACAGCAAAACCUCUGCAAACACCACCAAUUCCUCCAUCUGCAGCACAGACUUCAUUACAAGGUCUCCCUAGAACCAUCUGUCCUCUUUGCAAUGCUACUGAACUUCUGUUGCAUGUUCCAGAAAAGGCCAAUUUUAACACAUGCACUGAGUGUCAAACUACUGUCUGUAGCCUAUGUGGUUUUAAUCCCAAUCCUCAUUUAACUGAGAUAAAAGAGUGGCUAUGUUUAAACUGUCAGAUGCAAAGAGCUCUAGGAGGUGAUCUGGCUCCAAUUCCAUCAUCGCCCCAGCCCAAACUGAAGACUGGCCCUGUUACUCCCACAUCGACAGUGAGCAAAUCAUCCCCACCGUCACAGCAGGCUUCCCCAAAGAAGGAUACUACAUCCAAACAGGAAAUCUCAAAGGCACCUGAAUCUAAAAAGCCACCACCACUAGUGAAACAACCAACGCUUCAUGGUUCUCCCCCAGCCACGGCCAAGCAGCCUGCUGUGGCAGAGUCCUCACCUAAGCCAGCACCUCCCAAAGAGCCUUCUGUCCCAUCUGAGCAGGCCAAGACCCCUGUUGCUGAUGAUAAACCAAAGCAGCCCAAGAUGGUAAAGCCACCCACAGAUAUUGUACCUUCAUCUGCGGAAGCAACAAAACCUGAUAUCCUGAGCUCCAGAGAACAGUUACAGGAUCAGGAGAAAACCCCUCCUCUAAAAAUAGAUUCUGCCAAACCCUCACAAAGUUUUCCACCAACAGGGGAAAAAGUCACUCCAUUUGAUUCUAAAGCCAUACCUCAACCUGCAUCAGAUUCAAAAAUUAUUUCACAUCCUGGACCUAGUUCAGAGAGCAAAAGUCAAAAACAAGUUGAUCUGGUACAAAAGAAGGAUGAACCUAAAAAAGCACAAACCAAAAUGAGUCCUAAACCAGAUGCCAAGCCAAUGCCAAAAGGGUCACCGACACCCCCUGGCCCACGACCUACCCCUGGCCAAACUGCCCCCACAUCUCAACAGCCCCCCAAAUCUCAGGAGCAGUCAAGGCGUUUCAGUCUGAGUCUGGGAAGUAUAGCUGAUGCUCCUAAGUCACAGCCUACGACUCCUCAAGAAACUGUGACUGGGAAACUCUUUGGGUUUGGGGCAUCAAUCUUCAGUCAGGCAUCGAAUUUAAUUUCCACAGCAGGCCAGCCUGGACCUCAGUCACAAAGUGGGCCAGGGGCUCCAACAAAACAAGCCCCUGCCCCUUCACAGCCACCUACGUCUCAGGGGCCACCCAAAUCCACAGGUCAAGCACCACCAGUACCUGCAAAGGUUACACCUGUGAAAAAGGAAACAAAAGCCCCAGUAGCUGAAAAAUUAGAGCCCAAAGCUGAACAAGAUCCAACAGUAAAAAGAACAGAAACAGAAAAGAAGACCCUACCCACUAAGGACAGCAAACCUUCAACGACUGAGCCACAAAAGGCUGUCCUUCCUCCAAAACCAGAGAAAACUCCCAAACCAAAAUCAGCCUGUCCUCUCUGCAAAAGUGAACUCAACAUAGGUUCUGAGGAUCCUCCUAAUUUCAGUACUUGCACUGAAUGCAAGAAUCGAGUUUGUAAUCUCUGUGGAUUUAACCCUACACCACACUUGACUGAGAUUCAAGAAUGGCUUUGUUUAAACUGCCAAACCCAGAGAGCAGUGUCAGGACAGCUUGGUGACGUGGGCAAAACACUACCUACGCCAUCGGGACCCAAAGCAUCCCCUGUGCCUAUACCUACAGAACCCCCAUCUCAGAAAACAGCAAUGCCUGCCCAGGUAAAAGUGAAAAAGAAGGAAGAAGAAGUAAAAACAGAAGCCGAAAAAGUCAUUCCAGAAAAAGUAAUAGAAAGACUUCCAGUUGAAAAAAUUCCGCAUAAGGCAACCACAGAUCAAAAACAAGAAGAUAGUAAACUAGUAAAAGACAAAGCUUCAGACAUUCAAGAAAAAAAACCACCCCCUGAAGAAAAAAAGCCACUCGCAGAAGAAAAGCAACUAACUCCUGAAGAAAAAAAGCCAUCUCCUAAAGAGCCACCCUUGGAAGAAAGAAAGCCAGCCUUGGAAGACAGAAAGCCAACACUUGAAGACAAAAAGUUAUUCCCAGAAGCAAAAAUAACAGCCCUAGAGGAGGAAAAGAAACAUGACUUACUUAAAACUGGAAUACAAAUUGCUGAGGAAAAGCCCAAAGGCAGAGAGGCUCCAAAGGCAAUACAAGAUGAAAAACAACCACAGACCGAGAGGGAAGAUUUACCAUCUACCAUGCCUCAGAGUUUGCCUAAGGAAGUUGAUAAGACAGCCAAAAAAAUAAAAGACCAGCCACAGGCAGCAUGCAUAGCAAAACCUGAUCGGGUGGAAUCUGGGAAAGAAAAAGCAGAAAAGGAAGAUGACAAAUCAGACAUCUCAACUUCUCAGCAGCCUAAAAGCCCACAAGGUCUGAGUGACACAGGAUAUUCUUCUGAUGGAAUAUCAAGUUCACUAGGUGAAAUUCCAAGUCUUAUUCCGAGUGACGAAAAGGAUUUGCUCAAGGGACUCAAAAAGGACUCUUUUUCACAAGAAAGCAGCCCUUCCAGCCCCUCAGAUUUGGCUAAGUUAGAAAGCACAGUCCUAUCCAUUUUGGAAGCUCAGGCAAGUACACUAGAUGAAAAGUCAGAAAAGAAGACACAACCCGAUGAGGUCUCUCCUGAGCAGCCUAAUGACCAACUGAAAACUCAGUUUUUAUCUGAAAUACUGGAAAUUACUAUUUCAGAAGAGGAGCUAAAGGAAAGUCAAGAAGAAAAGAAAGACACCUUUAAAAAAGAUAGCCAACAAGGCAUUCCUCCCAGUAAAGACCAAAAAGUAAAGUUGGAGUUUGUUGAUAACAUAACUACAAAAAGAGAGCCCUAUGAUUCAGUUGAAGACAGUAGUGAAAGUGAAAACUCACCUGUUCCACAAAGAAAACGGAGAACAAGUGUUGGUUCAUCAAGCAGUGAUGAGUAUAAACAGGAAGAUAGUCAAGGGUCAGGGGAAGAGGAGGACUUCAUUCGAAAACAAAUCAUAGAAAUGAGUGCUGAUGAAGAUGCUUCUGGUUCUGAAGAUGAUGAAUUUAUUAGGAAACAGCUCAAAGAGAUUAGUGGCAGUAGCAGGAGCCACAAGAAGGAAGAAACAAAAGGGAAAGGGAAAGUAACAGCAGGGAAACACAGGCGACUGACUCGAAAAAGUAGUGCAAGCUUUGAUGAUGAUGCAGGGAGACGUCAUUCAUGGCAUGAUGAAGAUGACGAAACGUUUGAUGAAAGCCCUGAAUGCAAAUACCGAGAAACUAAAAGUCAGGAAAGUGAGGAACUUGUAGUUGCUGGAGGAGGGGGGCUACGGAGAUUUAAAACAAUUGAACUCAACAGCACAAUAGCAGAUAAAUAUUCUGCUGAGUCAUCACAGAAAAAAACAGCUUUGUAUUUUGAUGAAGAACCAGAAUUAGAAAUGGAAAGCCUGACAGACUCACCAGAGGAUAGGUCAAGAGGAGAAGGAUCUUCUAGUCUUCAUGCUUCCAGUUUCACUCCUGGUACAUCCCCUACAUCAGUGUCAUCACUUGAUGAGGACAGUGACAGUAGCCCAAGUCACAAAAAAGGAGAAAGCAAACAGCAACGCAAAGCUCGGCACAGAUCACAUGGCCCUCUUUUACCUACUAUUGAAGAUUCUUCAGAGGAAGAAGAAUUGAGAGAGGAAGAAGAGUUAUUAAAGGAGCAAGAAAAGCAGCGAGAAUUAGAACAGCAACAAAGAAAGGGCUCUAGUAAAAAAUCAAAGAAAGACAAAGAUGAACUUCGAGCUCAGAGAAGGAGGGAAAGACCAAAAACGCCACCUAGUAAUCUCUCUCCCAUUGAAGAUGCAUCUCCAACAGAAGAAUUACGUCAGGCUGCAGAAAUGGAGGAGCUCCAUAGAUCUUCUUGUUCCGAAUAUUCACCUAGCAUAGAAUCAGACCCAGAAGGUUUUGAAAUAAGCCCAGAGAAAAUAAUAGAAGUACAAAAAGUUUACAAAUUGCCCACAGCUGUGUCUUUAUACUCACCAACAGAUGAGCAAUCUAUUAUGCAGAAAGAAGGUAGUCAAAAGGCGUUAAAAAGUGCUGAGGAGAUGUAUGAAGAAAUGGUGCACAAAACUCACAAAUAUAAAGCUUUUCCAGCUGCAAGUGAACGAGAUGAAGUUUUUGAAAAAGAGCCUUUGUAUGGUGGGAUGUUAAUAGAGGAUUAUAUUUAUGAAUCUUUAGUAGAGGACACAUACAAUGGAUCAGUAGAUGGCAGUCUGCUAGCAAGGCAAGAAGAAGAAAAUGGAUUUAUGCAGCAGAGGGGAAGAGAGCAAAAAACAAGACUUCCAGAGCAGAUUUAUGAAGAUCCUAUGCAGAAAAUUACAGACCUCCAGAAAGAGUUUUAUAAGUUAGAAAGCGUACAUUCUGUUGUGCCUCAAGAAGACAUUGUUUCAAGCUCUUAUAUAAUCCCAGAAAGCCACGAGAUAGUGGAUCUGGGUACUAUGGCAACUUCUACCAGUGAAGAAAAAAAAUUACUAGAUGCUGAUGCUGCCUAUGAAGAACUCAUGAGAAAGCAACAGAUGCAAUUGACACCUGGAUCCAGCCCAACCCAGCCUGCCAUUGGCGAUGAUGUGUCAGAGUCCACCACGGACUUUGACAGGAUGCCUGAUGCAUCUUUGACAUCAAGUGUUCUCUCAGGAGCGUCUCUUACAGAUUCGACCAGCAGUGCAACACUCUCUAUCCCAGAUGUUAAAAUAACACAACAUUUUUCAACAGAAGAGAUUGAGGAUGAAUACGUAACUGAUUAUACUAGAGAAAUUCAAGAGAUCAUUGCUCAUGAAUCAAUGAUUUUGACCUAUUCUGAGCCUUCAGAAAGUGCUACGUCUGUCCCACCUUCGGAUACACCUUCUCUCACAUCAUCUGUUUCUUCAGUUUGCACCACAGAUAGCUCCUCACCCAUUACUACCCUGGAUAGCAUAACCACAGUUUUUACAGAGCCAGUGGAUAUAAUAACUAAAUUUGAAGAUUCUGAGGAAAUUUCUUCAUCAACUUAUUUUCCAGGCAGCAUUAUAGACUAUCCAGAAGAAAUAAGUGUAUCUUUAGAUCAGCCUACCACACCAGAUGGUAGAACUAGUGUUGAUCACGUUAUGAUUUCCUUAUCUGAUAUGACACCUUCUAUCAUAGAAUCUGUAGGAACUAAACCUGAGGGGCCAAUUGUGGACACUAUUUCAACUGACUUAUCUUUAUCUGAAAAAGAUUCAAUGAAGAAAGCCAAGGACACUGGGAACAAGCUUAUUCUGGAAGUUUUGGAAGCCUAUAGAGAUAAAAGGAAAGAGUUUGAGGCUGAACUAACAAAAACUAGCUUACUGGAAACUGUUCUUGAUCAACCACCUUCUUCUGAAAUAGCCCUUCCAAUGAAGGAGCAGUUUUCAACUACAUACUUUAUAUCUGGAGAGGUCUUUGGUCAGGAAAAACCUGCACCUCAUUUACCACCUGGCCGUCCUUCUGCGUCCGCUCUUCCAACUAAAACUCGUCCAUUCUUCCGAAGUUCUUCUCUGGAUGUAUCAGCCCAACCUCCUCCUCCCCCACCUCCUCCUCCUCCUCCUCCACCACCGCCCCCUCCCCCUCCUCCACCCCCACUGCCCCCACCAACUUCACCUAAACCAACUAUUCAUCCUAAAAAAAAGUUAGCAGUUACAUCUCCAGUGACUCUAACAACUACAGCUGCACCUCUGGUUGAUUCUGUUACUACUGUGGAGACCACAGCCAUUCCAAGGAGUAAUGGGUCACCUGUAACAAAAGUAUGUACCACCACACCUCCUCCUGUUCCUCCUAAGCCAUCUUCAAUUCCAUCUGGACUUGUAUUUACACAUAGGCCUGAGCCAAGCAAACCUCCAAUUGCCCCUAAACCAGCAGUUCCUCAGCUUCCAAUAACUACACAAAAAUCAGAUAUACACCCCAAACCAACAGGUCUAUCUUUAACCUCAAGUAUGACCUUAAAUUUAGUGACUUCAGCAGAUUAUAAAUCGCCUUCCCCUACUUCCCCACUUUCUCCACACUCCAACAAGUCCUCACCGAGAUUUUCCAAAUCCCUCAUGGAAACUUACGUGGUUAUUACAUUGCCAUCUGAACCUGGGACUCCAACAGAUUCUUCAGCUAGCCAAGCAAUUACCAGUUGGCCCCUGGGAUCACCCCCCAAAGAUUUAAUUUCCAUUGAACCAGUGUUUUCUGUAAUUCCUCCUAUGAAAGCUACAGAAAUUCCACAUUCUUCAGAGCAGACCCUGUACAUCUCCGGAGUUUUGGAGUCAUUUUCUGCUGCACCUGUCACAGCACUGUCUUCAUUUCAAGCAGCUCCAACUUCAGUUCCACAGUUUCUCACAACUGAAGUUUCCAAGGCUGAGGUUUCCACAGCCAGAAGUACAGUCUCCAGUGUUGAUCUCAGCAGUGUCUCUAUUUCAAUUCCCCCAGAGCCUCUUGCUCUUGAUCACCUGCAUUUAGAGAAGCAUCAAUAUAAGGAAAAUGGAAAGUUGCAGCUUGUUGGUGAUGUCAUUGAUUUGCGUACAGUACCAAAAGUAGAAGUUAAAGCAACUGAAAAAUGUAUGGAUCUUUCUGCUUCUACAAUGGAUGUGAAAAAGCAGACCACAACAAAUGAAGUUUAUGGGAGACAAGUUAGUGCUGUCCAACCCUCUAUUAUAAACCUCAGUGCAACUUCAUCAGUGGUUACUCCUAUAUCCCUAGUCACUGAGAUCAUGAGUGUUGUCACAUGCACAGCUACUGCAAGUUACACUACAAGUACAGAAAGCGUAGUGGGUAUAGAACAUGCACCAACAGCACCACUCCAGCUUACUACAUCAAAACAUGCUGAGCCCCCUUACAGGAUGCCAAAUGGCCAGGCCUUUCCUACAGUUAGGGAGGAAGCACCCAUAAACUUAUCUCUAGGUACAUCAGCACAUGCGAUGACAUUGGCUGCUACAAAACCUGUCACUAUGCCUCCCGUAGGUGUCACAAAUGGAUGGACUGACAGUGCUACAUCCCAGGGGAUCCCUGAUGGGGAAGUGGUGGAUCUCAGUACAACAAAGUCUCAUAGAACCGUCGUAACAAUGGAUGAAUCUACUUCAAGUGUGGUGACCAAAAUAAUAGAGGAUGACGAAAAACCUGUUGAUUUGACUGCAGGAAGAAGAGCUGUGUGCUGUGAUAUGGUUUAUAAGUUACCAUUUGGAAGGAGCUGCACAGCACAGCAGCCUGCAACUACUCUUCCUGAGGAUCGUUUUGGCUAUAGGGAUGACCACUACCAGUAUGAUCGAUCAGGGCCAUAUGGUUAUAGAGGGAUUGGGGGAAUGAAACCUUCCAUGUCUGACACUAAUUUAGCAGAAGCUGGACAUUUUUUUUAUAAAAGUAAGAAUGCUUUUGAUUAUGCUGGUGGAACUGAUGCAGCAGUAGACCUAACUUCAGGGAGAAUUACAACAGGUGAGGUAAUGGAUUAUUCAAGCAAGACUACAGGGCCAUAUCCAGAAACACGACAAGUCAUUUCAGGAGCUGGGAUUAGUACCCCACAGUAUUCCACAGCAAGAAUGACUCCACCUCCAGGAUCCCAGUAUGGUGUGGGAAGUGUUUUGAGAUCUUCUAAUGGUGUUGUGUAUUCUUCAGUAGCGACCCCAAUACCCUCCACAUUUGCUAUCACCACACAACCUGGCUCCAUUUUCAGCACCACUGUGAGGGAUUUGUCUGGUAUUCAUACAACUGAUGCAGUAUCUGCCCUGCACCAGAACCAGCCAAUGCCUAGAUCAUAUUUCAUAACAACAGGUGCAUCUGAAACGGACAUUUCAGUAACUGGUAUUGAUAUCAAUGCCAGUUUGCAAACUAUUACUAUGGAAACUUUUACUGCUGAUACUAUAGACUCUGUUCCCACUUUAACCACAGCAUCUGAAGUAUAUUCUGAAGUGGUGGGAGAUGAAAGCACUCUUUUAAUUGUCCCUGAUGAAGGUAAACAACAACAGCAGUUAGACUUGGAGCGUGAGCUCUUAGAACUGGAGAAAAUUAAGCAACAGCGCUUCGCUGAGGAAUUGGAGUGGGAACGUCAGGAAAUUCAAAGGUUCCGAGAACAAGAAAAGAUCAUGGUUCAGAAAAAGCUGGAGGAACUACAGUCUAUGAAGCAGCACCUUCUCUAUCAGCAAGAAGAAGAGCGGCAAGCCCAGUUUAUGAUGAGGCAGGAGACAUUAGCUCAGCAACAGCUCCAGCUUGAGCAGAUCCAACAGCUGCAACAGCAGCUUCACCAGCAAUUAGAGGAGCAGAAGAUUCGCCAGAUCUAUCAGUAUAACUAUGACCCUUCUGGAACUGCUUCUCCACAAACCACUACCGAGCAGGCAAUUUUGGAAGGUCAGUAUGCUGCCCCAGAAGGCAGUCAGUUUUGGGCUACUGAAGAUGCAACCACCACAGCUUCAGCUGUGGUGGCAAUUGAAAUACCACAAAGCCAAGGAUGGUACACAGUUCAGUCUGAUGGUGUUACUCAGUACAUUGCGCCACCUGGCAUUCUGAGCACUGUUUCCGAAAUACCUCUAACAGAUGUUGUUGUAAAAGAGGAAAAACAACCCAGAAAAAGAAGUUCUGGAGCUAAGGUCCGUGGACAAUAUGAUGAGAUAGGGGAAAAUGUGGCAGACGAUCCCCGGUGUUUUAAAAAGAUAGUGGACAGCGGUGUACAGACUGACGACGAAGACAGUGCAGAUCGGAGUUAUGCCAGUAGGAGAAGGAGAACGAAAAAGAGUGUUGAUACAAGUGUCCAAACUGAUGAUGAAGACCAGGACGAAUGGGAGAUGCCCACGAGGUCAAGGAGAAAAGCUCGUGUAGGGAAAUAUGGUGACAGCACGACAGAAGCUGACAAGACCAAACCCCUUUCCAAAGUCUCCAGCAUAGCAGUGCAGACGGUAGCAGAGAUAUCUGUGCAAACUGAACCAGUUGGAACCAUAAGGACACCUUCGAUACGGGCACGAGUGGAUGCCAAGGUAGAAAUCAUUAAACACAUUUCAGCACCUGAAAAGACUUACAAAGGGGGCAGUUUAGGAUGUCAAACAGAAGCAGAUGCAGACACACAAAGUCCUCAGUAUCUGACUGCCACAUCUCCACCCAAAGACAAGAAACGCCCAACACCUUUAGAGAUUGGUUAUUCAUCUCACCUCCGGGCAGAUUCCACACUGCAACUGGCUCCUUCCCCACCCAAAUCUCCAAAAGUUCUUUAUUCACCCAUCUCACCACUUUCACCAGGCAAAGCCUUAGAAUCAGCCUUUGUACCUUAUGAAAAACCCCUCCCCGAUGAUAUAAGUCCACAGAAAGUACUGCAUCCAGAUAUGGCUAAAGUUCCCCCAGCAAGUCCUAAGACAGCCAAGAUGAUGCAGCGUUCUAUGUCUGACCCCAAGCCUCUGAGUCCAACAGCAGACGAAAGUUCCAGGGCUCCUUUUCAGUAUACUGAGGGCUACACGACAAAAAGUUCUCAAACCAUGACACCCUCUGGCACACAGAAAAAAGUCAAGAGAACUCUGCCAAAUCCACCUCCUGAGGAGACUUCCACGGGAACUCAGCCGACAUACAGCACAAUGGGCUCAGUUUCCAGGAGAAGAAUCUGCAGAACCAACACAAUGGCACGAGCCAAGAUUCUCCAGGACAUAGACAGAGAGCUUGACCUUGUGGAAAGGGAGUCUGCAAAGCUUAGAAAGAAACAAGCAGAACUUGAUGAGGAAGAAAAGGAGAUUGAUGCCAAGCUACGGUACCUGGAAAUGGGAAUUAACAGGAGGAAAGAGGCAUUAUUAAAAGAGAGAGAAAAGAGAGAGCGAGCCUACCUCCAAGGUGUAGCUGAGGAUCGUGAUUACAUGUCUGACAGCGAAGUGAGCAGCACCAGACCAACCCGAAUAGAAAGUCAGCAUGGCAUUGAGCGACCAAGGACUGCUCCCCAAACUGAAUUCAGCCAGUUUAUACCACCACAAACCCAAACAGAAUCUCAGCUAGUUCCUCCUACAAGUCCUUACACACAAUACCAAUACUCUUCCCCUGCUCUUCCUACCCAAGCUCCCACCCCCUACACCCAACAGUCCCAUUUUCAGCAACAAACUUUGUACCAUCAGCAAGUUUCACCUUAUCAGACUCAGCCAACAUUCCAAGCUGUGGCGACAAUGUCAUUCACACCACAAGCUCAACCUACACCAACGCCACAGCCUUCUUACCAGUUACCAUCACAGAUGAUGGUGAUACAACAGAAGCCACGGCAAACUACAUUAUAUUUGGAGCCCAAGAUAACUUCAAACUAUGAAGUGAUUCGCAACCAACCCCUGAUGAUAGCACCUGUUUCUACUGAUAAUACAUACGCUGUUUCCCAUCUUGGUAGUAAGUACAAUAGUUUAGACUUGAGAAUAGGUUUGGAAGAAAGAAGCAGUAUAGCAAGCAGCCCAAUAUCAAGCAUAUCUGCAGAUUCUUUCUAUGCAGAUAUUGACCAUCACACUCCACGAAAUUAUGUCCUAAUUGAUGAAAUUGGGGAGAUCACAAAAGGAACAGCAGCAUUAAGCACCACAUUUAGCCUUCACGAAAAGGAUCUGUCAAAAACAGACCGUCUCCUUCGAACCACUGAGACACGUAGGUCUCAAGAAGUGACAGAUUUCCUAGCACCUUUACAGACUUCCUCCCGAUUGCACAGUUAUGUAAAAGCAGAGGAAGACCCAAUGGAGGAGCCUUAUGAGUUAAAGCUUCUGAAACAUCAGAUUAAACAAGAAUUCCGUAGAGGCACAGAGAGCUUAGAUCACCUUGCUGGUCUUUCGCAUUAUUACCAUGCCGAUACUAGCUAUAGACAUUUUCCAAAGUCUGAGAAGUAUAGCAUCAGUAGACUCACACUGGAAAAACAAGCAGCAAAACAAUUACCAGCAGCCAUACUUUAUCAAAAGCAAUCAAAGCACAAGAAAUCACUGAUUGACCCUAAAAUGUCAAAAUUUUCACCUAUUCAGGAAAGUAGAGACCUUGAGCCUGAUUAUUCGAGCUAUAUGACUUCUAGCACUUCUUCUAUUGGUGGCAUUUCUUCCAGGGCAAGACUUCUUCAAGACGACAUCACUUUUGGCCUCAGAAAAAAUAUUACAGACCAACAAAAGUUUAUGGGAUCAUCUCUGGGCACAUUAGGAAAUACCAUACGAUCAGCUCUGCAGGAUGAAGCAGAUAAGCCAUACAGUAGUGGCAGCAGGUCCAGACCUUCCUCCAGACCCUCCUCUGUCUAUGGGCUUGAUUUAUCAAUUAAAAGAGAUUCUUCCAGCUCUUCCCUAAGACUGAAAGCUCAAGAAGCUGAAGCUCUAGAUGUUUCUUUUAGUCAUGCAUCAUCCUCUGCCAGAACUAAGCCUACCAGUUUGCCAAUUAGCCAGAGUAGAGGAAGAAUACCAAUUGUGGCCCAGAAUUCUGAAGAAGAAAGUCCACUCAGUCCUGUUGGCCAGCCAAUGGGAAUGGCCAGGGCUGCAGCUGGACCCCUGCCACCAAUAUCUGCAGACACCAGGGAUCAGUUUGGAUCAAGUCACUCAUUGCCUGAAGUUCAGCAACACAUGAGAGAAGAAUCACGGACUCGAGGCUAUGACCGUGACAUAGCAUUCAUCAUGGAUGACUUCCAACAUGCCAUGUCAGACAGUGAAGCCUACCACCUGCGUCGUGAGGAAACAGAUUGGUUUGAUAAACCCAGGGAGUCUCGUAUGGAAAAUGGACAUGGUCUGGACCGAAAACUUCCAGAAAGAUUAGUCCACUCUAGACCACUCAGUCAACAUCAAGAGCAAAUUAUACAGAUGAACGGGAAGACUGUGCACUACAUCUUUCCUCAUGCAAGGAUAAAAAUAACAAGAGAUUCUAAGGAUCACACAGUUUCAGGUAAUGGAUUAGGAAUUAGAAUUGUGGGUGGUAAAGAAAUUCCUGGACAUGGCGGAGAAAUUGGAGCCUAUAUUGCCAAGAUUCUUCCUGGGGGAAGUGCAGAACAGACAGGGAAACUUAUGGAAGGGAUGCAAGUAUUGGAAUGGAAUGGAAUUCCCUUAACUUCUAAAACAUAUGAAGAAGUACAGAGUGUCAUCAAUCAGCAAAGUGGGGAAGCAGAAAUAUGUGUAAGACUGGACCUCAAUAUGCUAUCAGAUUCUGAAAACCCACAGCAUCUGGAACUUCAUGAACCACCAAAAGCUGUGGAUAAAGCAAAAUCGCCAGGGGUUGAUCCUAAGCAGCUGGCAGCAGAGCUCCAGAAGGUUUCGCUGCAGCAGUCACCACUGGUUCUGUCAUCAGUCGUUGAGAAAGGGUCUCAUGUUCAUUCAGGUCCUACAUCAGCAGGAUCCAGUUCUGUUCCCAGCCCUGGGCAACCAGGGUCACCCUCGGUGAGCAAAAAGAAACACAGCAGCAGCAAGCCUACUGAUGCAACAAAAGUUGUCUCUCAUCCAAUUACGGGGGAAAUACAGCUUCAAAUCAACUAUGAUCUUGGAAAUCUCAUAAUACAUAUUCUUCAAGCAAGAAACCUUGUCCCUCGAGAUAACAACGGUUAUUCUGACCCUUUUGUUAAAGUGUACCUCCUUCCAGGGCGAGGCCAAGUCAUGGUUGUCCAGAAUGCAAGUGCUGAGUAUAAGAGAAGAACUAAAUAUGUUCAGAAAAGUCUUAAUCCUGAGUGGAAUCAAACAGUAAUUUACAAAAGUAUUUCCAUGGAACAGCUCAAGAAGAAAACACUGGAAGUGACAGUUUGGGAUUAUGAUAGAUUUUCUUCCAAUGACUUCCUGGGAGAGGUAUUGAUUGAUUUGUCUAGCACAUCUCACCUUGAUAACACUCCCAGAUGGUAUCCUCUCAAAGAGCAGACUGAAAGCAUUGAUCAUGGCAAGUCCCAUUCCAGUCAGAGCAGCCAGCAGUCCCCAAAGCCAUCUGUCAUCAAAAGCAGAAGUCAUGGUAUCUUCCCUGACCCAUCCAAGGACAUGCAGGUUCCCACCAUUGAGAAAUCCCACAGUAGUCCUGGUAGCUCAAAAUCAUCAUCGGAAGGCCAUCUCCGCUCUCACGGACCGUCUCGCAGUCAAAGCAAGACCAGUGUCACUCAGACCCACCUUGAAGACGCAGGGGCUGCCAUAGCCGCUGCUGAAGCUGCCGUGCAGCAACUCCGCAUUCAACCAACAAAGCCUACCAAUCACCGGCCUGCAGAAAGCUCCGUGUCCACCGGCUCCUCGGGCAGCAGCUUUGGCAGUGGGUAUAGCGUGGACAGUGAAGGAAGCAGCAGCACUGCCGGGGAAGCUAAUCUAUUUCCUAUUCCGAGGAUAGGAAAGACGGGACAGAAUGGACAAGAACCUGUAAAACAGCCAGGAGUGGGAGUAGGACUAGCAGAUACUGAAGUUAAAACUCAGGUAAUGGGAGAAAUCAAGAUUGCAUUGAAGAAGGAAAUGAAGACAGAUGGCGAACAACUAAUAGUUGAAAUUCUUCAGUGCAGAAAUAUCACCUACAAAUUUAAGUCACCUGAUCAUUUGCCAGAUCUAUAUGUGAAAAUAUAUGUGAUGAAUAUCGCUACCCAAAAAAAAGUGAUCAAGAAAAAAACAAGAGUAUGUAGACAUGAUCGAGAACCUUCAUUCAAUGAAACUUUUAGAUUCAGCCUGAGUCCUGCUGGACAUUCUCUUCAGAUUUUACUUUUCUCCAAUGGAGGGAAGUUUAUGAAAAAGACCUUGAUUGGUGAAGCCUGUAUCUGGCUUGAUAAAGUGGAUCUCAGAAAAAGAAUAGUCAACUGGCACAAACUUUUGGUCAGUCCUACUCAAACGCAUUGAAGAAACAUGUCUGCUCAGGGUACAGAAACUGCUCUAAGUAACCUCAAAUCAAUACUAUAGUUGGAUACUGUCGUGCUAAGCUAUGCUUUCAGGUGAAACUUGAGGAGGGGGAAAACGGGCAAAAACAUGCUUAAAGCCUUGUAAAUUUAUUUCUGUGGAACACAGAAAAAGACUCAAAGGAAAAAGUUCACAUAUUGACAAAAAAAAAAAAGUAAGAAAAACAGAGAGAAAGAGAGAGCUCUGAGACCUCGGAUUUCUCGUGGCUGUCAAGAGUAACUGUGAGAGAAUUUUUGAUUACUUAAGGCAAAAAUCUUUGAGCAGAGUUGAGCUGUAGCUAAAGACAGAGGUUCAAAGAUUAAUAUUAUUUCCAUUGCAGCACAAAGGCAAUCCUUUAAGCAAAGAAACUUAGUUGAAAUGAAAGAACUAAUGUAACAAAUAUGUUUUCAAAAGUUCAAAACUUUUUCUUCAUCUUAUAUUCUCAAUUGACUGUUUUGAGAUUCUGACACAAGAUACAUUUACAAUGUGUCCAGGACUGGAACUGAAGUAGCUGUGUUUAUAAGGAAAAUGAAACAGGAGAAAUUAUAGCUCUUAGACCAUAUUGUACAGGUUUUCUCUAUGUCUAAAUGUUAUAAGGGUGUACCAAUUUUGGAAUCCAUGUGGUAAAAGCACACUUGUUACAGUGUAAUUCAAAAUAAUGUAGAGUGAAAAUAAAAAUAUGUAGAAAUGAAAUUACACUUAUCUAGAAAAAAAAAAAAAAACCAUGAGUGGUUAACAAAGAAGAAUGUUGCCCCACAAAAUAUUGGAACUCUGGUUGAAAACAUCAAAAUCUCUAUCACUUACCAUUAAGUUAAGGCAUUUUCAGUUUAUAUACCAAAGGACCUAGAUUAAAUUGGUAUGUUCUAGGAAGCAUGAUAUCUUGUUCUUUGUGGGAUUGCAAAUAAACGCAUUAUCCUGCAUAUUUUCUUUCUCUUGAGUGACGUCUUGACAGAGAGAGAAAAUACUCCUUCUGACAAAUCAUGUUAAUCUUGUGACAUUGAUUUAUUAAAUUGCUGUCAUUUCCUGCUUUUCCAUAAUGAUUUUUUUCCCUUAAGUCAUUAAUUGAUUGUAUAAUGAAAACUCUGACACCAACUCAAGUUCUCUCUAGUGCUUUAUUUUUCUCCUUUAGUGACAAUAUCACAGUGAUCGAGUUCAUCAAUGUUGGGAAAAUAUGUGAAAAAUCAACAUUUAUUGAGGUUAAAAUAUACUUUGAGCUAUCUUAACAAUAUAGAAUAAAACAACCAAUGUCUAAGUCAUGAAAAUGAAGCAUCCUCUUCUCAUCCACCAACAACAUUAAUAAGUAAAGUUACACAGAAUUGAAGAAAACACACUCAAGCUGGGAUUAAAAACCUGGCUUCUGGUCUUGGUUCUACCAGUGUCUCUGCACAUGUCACCUUACAAAUUUCACUUACAUUCACUUUCCCCCAGUUUUCUUACCUGCAGAAUAAAAAUAAUUAUAUAUUCCUAGCCUUCCUAAUGGGAUGUUGGGAUGAUCAAAUGAAAAGAUCUAUGAAAAAUGAAAGCACAUUUCAAAAUACAGUUUUAUACACAGAAAUGAGGAAUAAUUAUGAUGUAGCUUUUUAAUUCUCAAAUUUUAUAUGUGAAAAACAUCUUCCAAACCAAUGGCAAGCAUUGGCAUGGAUAACAGCAGUAAAUGAGCUCCAAAACUCAGUUUUUAUUUAAAAUAUAAACUUUAUUUCACCUGAAAACACGUGAAGAAUUAAAUGCAAAUGACUUGCAAGCUUUGUUAUUCUAAAUUAAAUAAAUUAUACUAAUCUGAUCGCAUUCCCAUAUCUUACCCCAAAUAAAUGAUUUAAAUUGCUUCUCAGAGCACUCUGAGCUUAGAAGUUGCUGCUUUAAUCAAGGGUGAGGUGUUAGUGGGAUUAGAAGAAACCAUCUCCAAAGUAUUGGUUGAAUAUAGAAUUUUCUCAUUUUUAGAGAAAAAAAAUACUUUAAAUGUGAGAGGAAUGUAAAAUACUAAAAAUAAAAGAAUUUCUAAUAUAUCCCAGGCUAUAUACCUUUAUUAUAUUCAUAUAGAAAUACAAAUUCACUCUUCCUCAACCUAAGGAAGAUAACCAUCACUUUUCUUCCCUCUAUUUUUUUAUCCCCCUUCCCUGACAAUACAAUGUCAUCUACCAUUGAUAUUGCUUUGGAAUGAGCAUGGGGGAGGGGAAUCAUCAAAGAUAUGAUAUCGCUAAGAUUUUAUUUUUAGAGACUACUAGAUCUGCUGAUGGUUGCCAUGGAUAUUUCCAGCAGAAGCUAGCUCUUGAGGAAGCCUAUAAUCAUCACUUAUAAUUGGGAAAGAAAAGGGUCCAGGAAGAUCUCCUUCUAACAUAAAAAGGCUCUGCUAUUUGUCCUUAAAAGAAGACCCUGGCUUACCUUUGGUCCUCUUCUGCAGCCACUUGCAUCCAGGGGUAUGCAUGAGAGGUUGUAUGACAAGUUACUUCAUUCCAGUUGCAAUUUCAUUUAGAAUAAUGCAAAUUGAGGGACCACUGAAACAAAGAUCAUUCCUUGGUAGCUACUUAACCCAAAAGAGUAAGAGUCUUUCUAUUAUAGGUGCCCCUCCAUUCCAAGGAACUAGUGAUGGGGCUAGGUCAAUCAAGAGAGUUAACGACAGGGCUUCUUUUCGUGCACCAGCAUUCCCCUUCAGAGAGCAUAAGAUCCUGCCAGUGUGCCAAGUUUGCAGCUGACCAAACUCCUAGGUUGUACUGGAAUUAUUCUAUGCAACACUGAUCCUUAUAUGAAUGCAUUUCUUCUGAAUGAUGUUGAUUACCCUUCUUACAACAAAAUGUUUCUUUUUUAAUUGCAAAUAGGGCUCUUGGUGUUUUUCUUACUUUUUUGUAUAUAUCACAACACAUAAUUUUCCACUUUUUAAUUUAAUUUAAUUUUAUUGGAAUUAGCUUUUUUUUAUUCUUGAUAGUGACAAAGUUUGUAAUCUCUAGAAAGUAUGUGAUCACAUAUUACACAUUACAGCACUUUUACCUUAAAAAGCAUCUCAAUUUUUCCCACAAUUUCAUUGAGUCAUCAGAGACUGAAGUUGCUUCUUGGUUUAAAAUUUUGUCCUAAGGAAAUUUUCAUCUGUAGAAGCAAAAGCACAGAGUGAAUUUUUACAAAAGACAGGGAAUUAUAGAGUAGUCAUUACAGACACAGAUAACACUAGUAGCAAGAAGUUGCUUUCCCUGUUUUUACUUAAGAUUAAGAUUUUUGGGUGACUAUAAACUCUCUAUUCACCAUUUCAGUUUAAACAAUAAUAUCUAAGACUAAGAGGCAGCAAUGGUCUUUGCUCCUUAAUAUUACCCAUAUUUUAAUAAAUUACGCUAAUUAAAUGUAUAUUUUCAGCAUAUCAGUGGAAUUAAUUUUGUGGACCACACACAUUAAAACAGUCAUAUUGUGGGAAUAUUAUAGCUGGUAACCAGCUGAUAUUGAUUCUUAUCACAGGAACGGUUGUGAUGAUAGUGGUGGUAGCGGUAGUGAUACUAGUGGAGGUGGUGAUGUGAAGUAAAAUAAAAUAUGUUAUAUUGUGCCCAAUUUAUUAGAAAUUAUUUGAUCAAUACUUCAUUUCAUUAAGAUAUCAUAAAGAUGUUUAUAGUAUUUUUUUACUUUAUUAUUUAAAUCAUAUCUAACAAUAUUUUUAAAAACUUAUUUUCAUUGCUAUGAUGUCUAAUACCAAAAUCAGCCAACUACAGCUAUAUAUGUGUUUGUAAUUAUAUGUGUGACAGAAGUGAUUCUCCCUCUUUAUGAGCUUGAAAUGAAAGUGAAAGAAAGCUCAAUGAGUAAUUCUGAGCUGCUUCUUUAAUAAUUACUUGCCUUUGGUGUAAUACAAGAAUGAGUGAGUAAAACAGAUAUUCUCAUUGAAUAUGACAUAUUGAUAUUUUCUGUAAGUUUCAUGUUGAUAUUAUUAAAGGUACCAUUAAACCAAAAUCAUUUAAUCAAACUCCUUUUCUGAUAGGUAGAUUGAGAGCAUUUUCUUAAUUCAUUACCCUGUACAUAACUAUUGGUAAAAUAGACAAAGUUAAAAUAUUAAUUUCACUUGGCAUUCAGCAUGUGAAUAUGAUUACUGUGUGAUUGUGUCUGUAUAUUUGUUUGGUGAUGUGAUCAGGUGCUCCUACUACUGAUUAAUGUGUGUGCUAAUAUCCUAACAACACAUCUGAUGGUAAAGAAAGAAUUUUUUCUUGUCUGAAAAAAUAAAAACAAUAAAAAUUGAUUUCAAAAUUUAAAAAAUAAACUUGGAGAUAUGGCUUGUUUCUGACUAUAUGUUGCAUGCUAUGUUGGUAAUUUGCUAAUAUGUUCCUUUUUUUUGUUUUACCCAAAUAUUUCUGGAAAAUCUAUUGAACAAUUGCAAAUUCUUGAGCUAAAUAUUGUAUAAAUUGACCUGAAAAUACAUGAGAAUUGUAUAAAAAAAAAAAUGCUUGUAAAUCUGUCUUGAGUUUAACUUUAUGUAAAAAUAUGUCUUGGUUUUGUGAUUGUAUACAAGAUGUAUCUUGAUAACUUAUGUAAAUUGUGCUGUAUAAAGGCUGCUGCCUCAGCCUUACUAAUAAAUAUUGAAAAUAUCAA